CAGAGGAAAACUGGACAGGCGGAGCAGUGUGGGCUCGUCAAUGUACUUCUGAAAGAUUCCCAAAAUGAAACUUCUAGCAAAGGUGGUCUGGCUUGUGAUAUGCACUGUCUGUGUAGCGCAAGACUGUACAGAACCUCCACCAAAGAAAAAUAUAGAAGUUCUUUCUGGUUCCUGGCAAGAACAAAGCUAUCCAGAGGGUACUCAGGCUGUCUAUAAAUGCCGACCUGGAUACAGAACUCUUGGAGCUAUUGUAAUGAAAUGCAGGAAUGGAGAAUGGGUGUCUGUUAAUCCAGCAAGGAAAUGUCACAAAAAGCCAUGUGGACAUCCUGGAGAUACUCCGUUUGGAUCCUUUCAGCUCACAGUAGGAAAUGAAUUUGAAUUUGGAGCAAAGGUUGUUUACACAUGUGAUGAGGGGUAUAGAAUGCUAGGUGACAUUGACUAUCGUGAAUGUAUGGUAGAUGGAUGGACCAAUGAUAUUCCCCUUUGUGAAGUUGUCAAGUGCUUACCAGUGACAGAACCAGAGAAUGGGAGGAUUAUCAGUGCAUUAGAACCGGAUCAAGAAUAUUUUUUUGGACAAGUGAUACAGUUUGAGUGUAAUUCAGGCUUCAGUCUAAAAGGAGAUAAGCAAAUUCAUUGCUCAGAAAAUGGUGCCUGGAGUGGAAUAAAACCAAACUGUGUUGAAAUUUCCUGCAUUCCUCCAAAAGUUGCACAUGGAGAAGCUGUUUCUAAGAAGAAUGUUUAUAAGGAGAAUGAACGAAUUCAGUAUCACUGCAAUAAAGGUUUUGAACAUUCUGUACGAGGAGAAGCUGUAUGCACUCGCAGUGGGUGGAGUCCAGAACCUUCCUGUGAAGAAGUAACGUGUAAUGUUCCUUAUAUUCCAAAUGGCUCCUACUCACCUAAAAGGAUUAAACAUAGAACUGGAGAUGAAAUCACUUAUGAGUGUAAAGAAGGUUUUUAUCCUGCCACUCGAGGAACUAGAGCAACAUGCACAAGCGCAGGCUGGGUGCCUGGUCCAAGAUGCAGCUUGAAACCUUGUGAUUUUCCACAAAUAAAUCAUGGUCAUCUAUAUCAUGAAGCCAGUUAUAAACCAUACUUCCCAGUAUCCAUAGGACAGCGUUAUAGCUAUUACUGUGACAACAACUUUGCGACUCCUUCAAAUUCAUACUGGGAUUACCUUUAUUGCACCAAAGAUGGAUGGAUACCAGAAGUGCCAUGCCUCAGAAAAUGCACUUUAUAUUUUGUGGAAAAUGGAAAAGUUCCAACUAGAGAAAGAACAUAUUGGCAGAAUCAAUCUGUAAAUAUUGAGUGUCAUCGAGGAUAUAGUCUUCCAAAUGGGCAGACCAACAUUACGUGCACAGAGGAUGGCUGGUCCCCUCCCCCCAAAUGCCUACGUGUCAAAACAUGUUCAAAAUCAGAUGUAGAAGUGAAGAAUGGCUUUUUUUCUGAAUCUGAUUUGACAUGCGCCUUAAACAGAAGAGCAGAAUAUAGGUGCAAUCCAGGAUAUGUAACCACAGACGGUAAAACAUCCGGAUCGAUUACCUGUCUGCAGAGUGGAUGGUCCCAUCAACCCACUUGCAUCAAAUCUUGUGAUGUGCCAGUAUUUGAGAAUUCCAGAGCCAAAAACAAUGCUGUUUGGUAUAAGAUUGGUGCCACGUUGGAGUAUGAGUGCCAGAAUGGCUAUGAAAAUGAACAUGGACAUACCAAAGGCAUUAUAGAAUGUGGUGACAAUGGUUGGGUUGAUUUGCCCAUAUGCUAUGAAAGAGAGUGCAAAGUUCCACAAAUAGAAAACAAUUUAAUUGGUGAUCCCAAGAAUGAAAAAUUCAAGGUUGGAAAUGUGCUAAAAUUCUCCUGCAGAUCAGGAUUUACCAGAGUGGGACCAGAUUCCAUACAGUGCUACCGUUUUGGAUGGUCCCCUGAUGUUCCAACAUGUAAAGUCCAAGUGCAAUCAUGUAGUUCACCCCCAAGGCUCCCCAAUGGACAACUAAAAGAAACAAUGAAGGAAGAAUAUGAGCACAAUGAGGUGCUAGAAUAUGUCUGCAAUUCUGGAUUUCUUUUGAAGGGGCCUAAUAAAAUCGCAUGUGUUGAUGGAAAGUGGACAACCUUACCAACAUGUAUUGAGGAAGAGAGCACGUGUGGAGCUGCCCCUGAAGUUGAGCAUGGCUACGUCCAGCCUUCUGUCCCUCCCUACCGCCAUGGAGAUUCACUGGUGUUCACCUGCAUGGAGGCAUUUACAUUGGUUGGAAGGAGAUCGGUUACAUGCCUUAAUGGCACAUGGACUCAGCUUCCUCAGUGUGUUGCAACACAUCAACUUAAGAAGUGUAAAGUACCAAACUCAAUUGCAAGUGAGACAACUUUAUCAAGUAAGAAGGAAUUUAAUCAUAACAUCACCGUAAGUUACAAAUGUGAUAAAAAAUCAGAAUAUAAACACUCAACUUGCAUAAAUGGAAAAUGGAAACCUAAAUUAAACUGUUCUCAUAAACAAGCACAGUCAUGCCCACCACCACCUCAGAUUCCCAACUCUCAAGAUAUGAACACCACAGUGAAUUAUCAGCAUGGAGAAAAAAUAUAUGUUCUCUGCCAAGAAAAUUAUGUAAUUCAGGGAUCAGAGGAGAUAGUGUGCCAGGAGGGAAGAUGGCAAUCAGUACCGCGUUGUGUUGAAAAAAACCCAUGUUUUCAACCACCUGAAAUAGAACAUGGAAACAUUACAUCAUCUGUGUCUUCAGGAGAAAGCAUUGAUUUAGUUGUUCCGAGAGUGUACCCACAUGGCUCCAAAUUAAAUUAUGUUUGUGAAGAUGGCUUCAGGAUAUCAAGAGAUGAUGGAAUAACAUGUCACAUGGGGAGAUGGAGCUCUCCACCUCAGUGUGUGGGACUUCCUUGUGGCCCUCCACCCGAGAUUUCUAAUGGUGCUGCCGUUGCUACAUCAGCCAGUUACCAGUAUGGAAGAGAAAUUGCAUACAGAUGUGAUGAAGGUUUUGGAAUUGAUGGACCCGAAUCUAUAACAUGUUUAGGAAGAAAAUGGUCACCACCCCCAGAUUGCAUAAUAACAGAUUGUCUAAAUUUACCCGUCUUUGAUGUUGCCAUACCCCAUGGAAGGAAAAAGCACACAUAUAAAUCAGGAGAACAAGUGACGUACACAUGCCCAGAAAAUUACAGAAUGACUGGAUCCAGUGUUGUGACAUGUGUUAACAGCAGGUGGAUAGGAGCACCAACGUGCCAAGAUGUUUCAUGUGUGAAUCCACCAAAUGUAGAAAAUGCUAUUAUAAUAUCCCCGAAGAUGGCAAGGUACCUGUCUGGCCAUAAAGUACGUUAUGAGUGUAAUAGACCUUUUGAAAUAUUUGGGGAAGUAGAAGUCAUGUGUCAAAAUGGAACGUGGACAGAAGCACCUCAGUGCAAAGAUUCUACAGGAAAAUGUGGGCCUCCUCCCCCAAUUGAAAAUGGAGACACUACUUCACUCUCAUCACAAGUGUAUCCUUCAGGUUCAUCAGUGGAGUAUCAAUGCCAGGACAUGUAUAAGCUUGAGGGGGAAAAGAAAAUAACGUGCAGAAAUGGGAACUGGGGAAAACCACCUAAAUGCUUACAUGCAUGUGUUAUCUCAGAAGACAGCAUGAGAGAACAUAACAUAAUGUUGAGGUGGAUAUCAAACAAAAAGCUUUAUUCUGAAUCAGGAGACACUGUUGAAUUUAAAUGUUUAAGAGGCUAUAAUCCAGCCACCAUUCCUGAAUCGUUUCGAGUAACGUGCAGGGAUGGCCAAUUGCAAUACCCUCGUUGUGAAAAAACUCCAAGAAGAUAUUAACAUAAUGAAUUUAUUCAACUUUACUCAGAAUUUCUUUUAAUCCAAUUCUCAUUUUUAAAAGUUUUUGUUUAGCCUACCCUUACUCUUCAUUAAGAAUUUGCAUUGAUCUUACAGAUUUAUAUCUUAUAACCUCGUACCACGGUUUC